UCAUUUGUGCGCAAAGUGAAAGCCAUUUUUCAGAGGGUUGCAGAUGUCCAAAAUCAGAAUAAAGGAGUUUUUCGACGAAACAUAACAAAAUAUAAAAUCCCUUGGGAGAAAAAAAUCAAGUUUUCAAGAGCACAGGGUAUGCAACUUUAAAUGUACGUAGAUCAUUUAGAAAAAAAAAGGUGUUUUUUUUUCAUCAAUGUGAAAUAAUGCUUGUGUGGCUGAAGAUUUGUUAACAGAUUUUGGGUACUCCUCUAACUCUUGAACUUCUUAUGAAAGUUUUUCUACCAUCUCCAAUAUUUCACUACAUCAACCUUUGCUCUGGGCGCAGUGGUUGCUUAACCAUCGAUCCUUCCACCUUCAUUAGAUUUAAUAAACAUUCACCUAUCCCAGAAAUAUAAAAAUCUUUCAAUUGGUCUAUUUCUUGUGACUCUACUGCAUGUUUACCAGGGGCUUCCUCUAGCGUCUAACACAGGUGAAGUGGAAUCGCUCUGAUCUGAUCUUUUUCCUUUCGUCGACAAAGAAAAUCGUGGAGAUUCACAAUGUGGUUAUCCUGAUUGAAAGAAGUAGCCACUACUCCCAAACCACUGAGGGCUAGAUGCGAUUGCAAGGCAGGCAGAGGAUCAACCACUUCUGAAUCGCCGGGUCAAGUUAGAUUCUUCAUCGAGUAGCUUGAGGUCAAAGGUGAACGUGGUGAAAGGGUAUCGCGGGGCCUUCACAUCCCAACAGCAAGAAACCCUUCAUGAAGCCAACUAGUUGAAGCACUUAGCCUGAUCAUGCUGAUCAUCAAACUUCUUCAAAAGAACAACAGUUCCAAAGACCAAUUUCCCGGAUGUCAUCUCCUUCAUACACAGGAGACUCAACCAUACUGCACAUCCAGAGAAACUUGAGUCCUCUGUCCAGCACACUGCUGCAAUCAUGGUACACAAGCAUUACGACCAACCGACAAUGCCGUAACCUCUGUUUCCAUGGUGGGCUCUGCCUUGAGCUGUUUCACCAAAAUGUAAUCGAUGAAGUUGAAACCAUUCUGUCAUUGGUACAGUAUGGUGCGUGAUCCCGUGGAGGAUAGUACAGGCACUGCGGGUGUGCGGGGAACACAGGGAUUCCACGAGGGAGAGUUUUACUGGGAAGUGAUCUUCACGGAGCCAGCGUUCGGCACGGCAGUCAUGGUCGGGGUAGGAACCCAGAAAGCACUGCUGCAUACCACCAACUACCAGUACAUCAACAUGCUAGGCAUGGAUGACCAGAGCUGGGGGCUGUCCUACAAGGGCACCCUGUGGCACAAAGGGACGUGCCGACAGUACUGCAAGCCCUUCUACGAGAACAACACCAGGAUAGGAGUACUGCUGAACCUGUACGCCGGUACGCUGACGUACUUCAAGAACGGAGUCAACUUGGGUGUGGCAUUUAAAGAUCUGCACCGAGUCGGCGAGGAGCUGUACCCGCUAGCCUGUUCCACAGCCGCCGAGACCGAGCUAGAACUCGGAGUACGCAGCUCACGCAAACUACGCCUGCAGGACAAAUGCUUCUCCACCAUCCUCCAGCACAUCGGCCGCAACGAUAACGACAUAGAUAUACUACCCCUCCCGCUUACAAUGAAGCAUGCACUCAAAGAAGAUAGACAUAAUGCUUGUCCUUAAUAAUAAUAACCAGUGGGAAAGAAUGUUGUAUCCAGACGCCACUUCUUUGGUUGUGUACAAAGUCUAUGGAGAGUCGAGUGCAUUUUCAAAGUAUUUUGUAACAAAAUUAGGAAUGUUUCUCAAUCCCGGGUUCAAGUCUUUUCAACAUUUUUGCAAUGACUGACUGUUACAAAGAUAAUAUAUGAUGAAAAAAAUGGCGUCAGGAUGCAACAUUCUCUCCAACCGUUGCUAUAUAUCCAAAGAUGUUUGAAAUAUAUGUAGAAUCUCAAUAAGUGUACAAAGAAUUAUAAGAAAUAUACGCAAUAUAACGGCAUUUAAAUGCUUUGGAAUGUUCUCUUUUUUAUUUAGUAUUUUUGAGAAGAAAAACCUUGUGAAAAUAUUUAAAAGACAAAAAAAUAAGAAAAUGAGUUCAGUAUUUUAGGUUUAGUUUCUUUAUUCCUUGAAAAUAAAUGUAUAGUCUUGUUACUUUUUUUUCACUAAAACAGAGCACCAUUUGUUGUGCUGACUGGUUUUUUAUUGAAAGGCAAGAACAGAAGUUUGGAAGUUUUAAUUAAUAAAUGUUCAGGUCUUCAA